AUGUAUCAUGAAGCAAUGUUAGACUUGGACUUGUUACAUUCUAAACGUUAUGGAUAUGAAUAUAAUUCAUAUAUUCAUUUAUUACGAGAAUACACGGAUUUUUGGUUAUAUUUAAAUGUUAAUAACAAUAAUGAUCUUUCCGAACUUGGAAUUGUUAAUGGAUUUAGUAAACACAUUUAUGAAAAAUCACACGUUUAUUUUAUAUCAAAUCUGGUAAAUUUAAAUAGUGAACUUCAUCAACUUCAAGAAAAUGAAAUAAAUAGGUAA